GUCGACCUUCGUGCCUUCGAGUUGGGGCGCGCCUCUACUACUCGCCAACGUAGCUUCUGGGUUGCUGCGACGUACUUACACUUCGGCCGCAGAAACUGCACUGCUCGAAGAUUUUAAGGACAAUUAUCGAGAUCACCUUGUGCCGAACGAGAACGACC